AUGAUAAUCUUUUCAAAGUCGAAUACAAUUAUUUCUAUUUUAUUUGUUCUUAUAUAUUUUCAAAAUAUAAUUGUUAGACUACAAUCUGUUGGUAGUAAAGGUAAAUUUGAUUUUGGUCCAAAUCAAUUAGCAUCAAAUAUUUGGUAUAAACCAAAAGGUCAAUUAAUCAAUGGUCAUUAUGAAAAUAGUUAUUCAAAUUUUAGUUUAUGGUCAAAUCUUUUAUUACAUUUACAAAAUAAUAAUGGUUCAAUAUCAAUACAAGCUUCGGAAAUUGGAUAUAUGAAGAAUGAAGCAUUGAUGAAUUUUCGUAAAAAUAAUAUUUCUGUUAUUGUAGUAUUACCUGCUUUUACUCAAUGUUAUGAUGGUACUAUAUUAGGAUUAUUAGAACUCUAUGGUGAAUCACCAAAAGAGAAUUUAUUUUGUAAAAUUUUUGAUAUUUGUAAUUCAACAGAUCGACAAGAUCCAAAUGGAAAAGGAUGGUUUGUUACUCGAGAUGAUUUUGCAUAUACUCCUGAUUUCUUAAAUUUUGAUGAAAGAAUGCCAAAUUUAAUUCCUUAUCUUGACUAUAAUAAAUUAAUGAAUAUAUCAAGUAAUCCACCACAAUGGUUAUAUCCAAAUCUUUCUUGGGUGGAUAGAAAAACAUUAGCACGUGUUGAUAAUUGUCCUCAAGCAGGUACAAAUCGUAUUUCAAAUCUAAUGCAUGAUUAUAUAAAAUAUCUAUCUAUUAUGAAUAAAAAAUUUAAUUCGACAAAAAUUCCAGGAAUACAAAUCAAUUGGAAUGUUAUUGAAGGGUGGGAAUGGAGAGAUGAACAUUGUUUAGAUUUAUUAUAUGAUAAAUUUAAUGAUUCGAAACAAUUCGAUUAUGCUUAUCGUUAUAUUACUAAUCCUUGUCAUCAAGAUACACCGCAUUUAAAAGAUUUAGUAGAAUUACUCUGUUCUGUAAAUAAUUGUCCUGAAGUUGUUUAUAUGGAUAUGGAUUUAACAUAUUUUACAUCGUAUUCAUUAGAAGUCCUUCAUAUGAAUAAACAAAUUUUAAAUUCAUUGAAUAUUUCAUUUGGAAUUAAUUUAGUUGAUCAAUGUGUAGAAAUUGAUAAUUGUGUUGCAGAAAUUCUUUCAACAGAUCAUUCACAAGUUGUAUUAAAUUUAGAUGCAGAAUCUAAAUAUCCAAAUUUAACUCGAAAUCAAAUGCAAGAACUUAGUUUAAUCAAUGUUUUAAAUUUCCUAAUCAAUCAAAAUAUUCUUGAUAAAGAUACGCAUAUUGCAAUAACAAGUUGGACUACAUGGCCCAUUGAAAUUGGUCAACAAACGAAUGAGUUAAGAUCUGGUGGUAUGGCUCAUACUGCAAAUGAAAUCUUUGAACGGAUACUAAUACCACAUUCAUUUGCAAAAUAA